AUGCUUCGUGCGCUGCGUCUUCACCUCGCCAGACCCUUCACUCCUCACCCCUCUCUUAUCGUCGAGCGUUUGCCGCCAUCGCACGUGCUCCAUGGCUGCAGUCGCAUCAGCUCGACCAAGACAGGUCGAGACAGCACAAUCUCCGAGCGCAAGCUCACUGCAUCCGAAAGCCCCAGCAUGAGCGAAUUCUUCAACCCGAAUGCGCUGCCCUUCCGCCCGGGCGGCUUCGACCGUCGCGAGCAGAAUUUCGGCACCUUCGAGAACCAACAACUUCCACCUCCCCCGCCUCCUCCCUUCCAGCCGCCACCACCAGGAGGGCCUCCAGCACCAUACGGGCCACCCAAUGGCUUCUUCAACCAGGAAUUUGCGCCGCCUCCCCCACCGCCCCCGCCGCCCCAGCAGCUCCCGCACAUGUUCAAUAACCAGCAGGCGCAGGCUGAGUUCGCAGGCUAUCAACAAGCGCUGGCAUACCACCACU